AGAAACCGCUGCUCGGAGAUCCGAGCCGCGAUCCAGCCAGGCCGGAAGACUAGUCCCACUGCUUCCAUAGACUGAACCAGCAGGCUACUGCACAGCCUCAGAUGGAAAUAUUGUAGGAUUUCUCUCUAGCCACAUGGUUUAUUUCAAAUUUUGAUUUUAAAUGGGCGUCGCACUUGGCCUUGCUCCUUCCCUCCCUGUGUUUUGUGAUUUUUUAAUUUAUUGUUAUGCAAGGAUUUAACAUACCAAAAAGAUGAUCGGGGGCUGCGUUAUUGGCUGGGGAAGCCUGCGAUCGACUGAAUGCAACACAUAGAUCUGAAGGAAAGGAUUAUUUUAUGGGUUGCAUUUGAUUUUUCUGACCUGCCCUAUCCGGAUUUCGGAUUACUCAACAUUCUUCGGAAUGGAAGGACGGGAUUUCGCUGCUCCGGCGCACCUCCUAUCAGAGCGGGGCGCCUUGGUGCACCGAGCCGCCUCUCGGAUCGCUCCCUCGGGCCACGGCUCUGUACAGCACGGCGGUCACUUCACGCCAGGGAAAUACUACCCCUCGCACAUACCAAUGGCUCCCCACUCAGGCAGUGGAUUGAUGGGCAAUUCCUCCGCCUCCUUCAUGGGGACCUUUCUGGCCAGUAGUCUGGGUUCCCCCCCUUCCCACCCGUCUCACCCUUCCCGGCCGCCCUCCUCGCCGUCCUCACCCUCCUUCCGGGGCGGCCCCCACUCCAGCGCCUCGCAAAUCUGGUUUCCCCAUUCGCAUGAAGGUACCUCAAAUCACACCAUGCACACAAACACAUGCCCCUCAUUUGACGACAUUGUCUGCAUCAGGCACUAUUCAUGUCUAGGCAGUAUCGGGGACAGAGCUUUGCAGGGUGUAUUGUUACUCUGAUAUUGUGUAUUUUUAGGCUGUGUUAGGUUUACAACAAAGCACGGCUUGUAAUCAUCUAGCAAGAGCCAGGCUCCCACCCUUUUAUUUGUGCACCAAAAUAGGCCCGGGCCCAGCAUGUUUGGGAUGGAAUACAGUGCCAUGGUUUCUAGAUGGGGACACAGGGUCAAAAGUUCAGCCAAGGAAUCUUGCGGUAUUCGAUUCACGUCAGCAGGAAUGUCACUCAAGACUCUCUGAAGCAGCACGCGUGAACGCGAGCCAGUAAAAAGUUGCAGUGAUUGCAGAGCUUUCAGCUGGUGUCUCCAUCACUGCUUAAUAGGGUAGUUCCCACCCGGCACUCAGGAUUAUAAAAU